UGGAUAUAAAUAUUCACAUAUGCAAAUUAGUAUCCCUAGCUCUUAGCAUUGCAUCUAUAUUAGGUUACAUUCACACUCUCAAUUCAUCUAUAAUUCACAUUUCCCUCUCCCCUUUUCUGAAACGUCUAGCUAUCAAAUGAGUUUGAAGCGUUCUUCUUCUUCUUCUUUCUUUUUCUUUCUCUUUUUCUUCUUCCUUCUUUCUUCUCAUGCCUCCUCACAAGCUUGCCAAAAAACAUGCGGCCAAAUACCCAUCAAGUACCCGCUCGGAACCGGGUCAGGUUGCGGUGACCCACGUUUCACACGUUACAUCACGUGCGACCCGGACCAACAGACUUUGACGCUCACCACCCACACAGGCUGUUACCCUAUCACUUCCGUCGACUACGCCAAGCAAGAGAUCUACGUCACCGACCCGUCCAUGUCCACGUGUGCAUGUACCCGACCCAGCCAUGGAUUCGGGUUGGAUUGGGACGCUCCGUUUUCUUUCCAUGACGACACCGUUUUCACGCUCCUUGACUGUUCCGUAGACGAAUCCCCUGUUUUCACGCCGUUAAGUAACGGUAGCGGACGUGUCUCCCUCUGUGACCGUCAAAGCUCCUCUAUUUGCACCUUCUUGUACUCCAAUUGCAGGGCGAUAAGUCUAAUAAACCUUCAAGUAUCAACGUGCUGCGUCUACGUGCCUCUUGAUCUCGGACCAUCGUUCGAAAUGGAUCUGAACAAACUCAAGUGCUCGUCGUACUCCGGCUUCUACAACCUCGGCCCGGGCCAAGAAUCCCAUCCGGAGAAUUGGAACUACGGAAUCGCACUUAAGUACAAGUUCAACGUUUUCGAUGAGUACCCUGGCGUCUGCGGUGGCUGCGAGCGUAGUAACGGUGCUUGUGGCUUCAACACUCAGACAAGCUCGUUUGUUUGCAACUGUCCCGGUGGGAUCAACACGACAUCGGAUUGCUUCUUCCUUUAUAACUCUGCUUCUAUUCUUGUUCCUUGGUUCUCAAGAGAAUGGGUAAUGUACCCUUUGUCAUGGGUUGUUGUUUGGAUGAGGGCAUGUACAACGGUCGCUGCUCCGUUGUCGGCUGAUCUAUGCGAAGGAGAUUCCAAGAAGGCGAAGGCGGCCUCAAGGAAGCUGGAGAAGGAGACGAUGUUUGAGAAGCUGCAAUCUCUCACUGGUGAAUACUUAGAUCUCAUAACGAAAGAGCAGAAGGAGAAGAGAACUUCAUUGACUGUGGCGGAUCUCGCCGGCUGGGCGAAGCGUCUUUUCAAGGACGGGAAACAUGAUCAUGCUCUUGAGAUCUACGAGUGGAUGGAGAAAAAGAAGAUGAAAUUUUCUCCCUCACAGUUUGCAGAUUAUGUGGAAGUUGUGGGUGAUUUGAAAGGCUUCGAAGCUGCUAAGGAAGUGUUUUACAGAAUAGACCCAGAGUUCGACCAGAUGGACCUUGAUGCCAAGAAUUUGCCAGCUUUCUUGAUGCUGGUGAGGUUUGACGCAUUGGCCUUCGAAGAUCCUGUUGUUGAGAGACGUCGUGAACAUUUUCUUGUUGGGAGACGUGGUGAAUAUGCUAUGUUUGAGAAACGUGGUCGUAGAGGACUGCCUUCCCUAGAGGAUGAGGAUCCUUUACCUCUUAGACGAUAUUGAUGGUAAUGCUAUAAUGGCGUCAUAAUGGAAUGUGUCUUAUUGAAUAAAGCACGCACUGAAAG